AUGGGUAUUGAUGAACAAACAGAUAGAAUGAGGAGCGCUUGUAUUCAGCAGAACCGAUCUAUCCUAACCUCCAUCACUAAGACAAUCCUUUUGGCUGGAAAACAGAAUAUCGCUUUAAGAGGACAUCGUGACGACUCCAAGUAUUAUCUUUCUACCAAUCCUGGUAACUUCCAAUCCCUUCUUGAUUUCCGAGUUGAUGCAGGUGACGAAACCCUUCAACGUCAUUUUGAGAGUGGCAAUAAGAAUGCGACUUAUCGUUCCAAGACAAUCCAGAACAAGCUCAUUAAGGUCUCCGGCGACCAGAUUCGCGAUAAAAUCGUGGCUGAGAUAAAUAACAGUAAUUGUCCAAUAUACUCGGUUCUUGGUGAUGAAGCGACAGACUGUGACAGUAAAGAACAAAUGUCCAUUGUCCUGCGAUAUGUUGAUUCGAAGAAAGAAAUUAACGAAAGAUUCAUAAAAUUUGUUGAAUGCAAAGGUGUUACAGGUGAAGCAUUAGCGAACAACAUCGAAGGAACUUUGCAAGAAGUUGGUCUUCCUCUUUCAAAUCUUCGUGGUCAAGGUUACGAUGGUGCAAGUGCGAUGUCUAGUCAGACAAAAGGUGUCUCUGGGCGUAUUUUAGAAAAGAAUUCGAAAGCAUUGUAUGUCCACUGA